AUGUCCUCCAUUAAGAUUGAAUGUGUUGUCAAUGAGAAUUGCAAAAUUGGAGAAUCUCCGGUCUGGGAAGAAAAGGAAAGCUCACUUAUAUAUGUGGAUAUAAGUGGUAAAAAGAUUUGCCGAUGGAAUUCAUUCACCAAGCAAGUGCAAAGUGUUUCUGUGGAUGCUCCUGUUAGCAGCGUAGCCCUUCGGAAAUCUGGGGAUUAUGUUGUUACCCUAGGAACCAGGUUUGCUGCUUUAAAAUGGAAAGACCAGUCAGUAACCACCAUUGUUCACGUUGACAAGGAUAAACCAAACAACAGAUUCAAUGAUGGGAAAGUGGACCCUGCAGGGAGGUUUUUUGCAGGUACCAUGGCUGAGGAGAUUCGACCUGCUGUGCUAGAGAGACACCAAGGUGCUCUGUAUACACUCUUCCCUGAUCAUUCUGUAGUGAAGCACUUUGAUCAGGUGGACAUCUCUAAUGGCUUGGAUUGGUCACUGGAUCACAAGACUUUCUUUUACAUUGAUAGCCUGUCCUACUCUGUGGAUGCCUUUGAUUAUGACCUGCAAACAGGAAAAAUUUCCAAUCGCAGGAGUAUAUACAAGCUAGAAAAGGAAGAAAGCAUCCCUGAUGGAAUGUGUAUUGAUACAGAAGGCAAACUCUGGGUAGCCUGUUAUGAUGGAGGGAGAGUGAUCCGUCUAGACCCUGAGACAGGAAAAAGAAUCCAGACUGUGAAGCUACCUGUUGACAAGACAACUUCCUGCUGCUUUGGUGGAAAGGAUUAUUCAGAAAUGUAUGUGACUUCUGCCUGUCAAGGAAUGGAUGAUGAAUCGUUUUCACGGCAACCACAGGCUGGUGGUAUUUUCAAGAUAACUGGACUUGGGGUGAAAGGAAUCCCACCGCAUUCAUUUGCAGGUUAA